GAGAAAAAGCCACAUGGAUCUGAUCGAGAAGGGCCAAGUCCUUACAGGUUAUUUUCGGCUGAUGAAUAAGAAUGGCGGCUACACUUGGCUACAGACCUGCGCGACAGUUGUUUGCAGUACGAAAAACGCAGAUGAACAAAACAUUAUAUGCGUGAACUAUGUCAUUAGUAAUCGAGAGAAUGAGAAUCUCAUAUUGGACUGCUGCCAGUUGGAGCCCAGUGUGGACUGUAUUAAGCACGAGGAGCUUGGCACUGAUAAGAAUUCGGGUUCACCAAGUGGCGAUGCCGCACCCGAAGGUCAAGCGGGAGUGGGAGGAGACACAAAAUCAUCAUCUCCCAAGGCUGAUGGAGAUGGGCACCACCAGCGUCCCCGUGGGCGCAGUACGAACUCAGCGGCCAAUACCAGCGCCAACAGUUUAACGUUAGUGAAAGAUAGUCCAAAUUCUGUAAACGUCGAAAUGGAAAAUACGGCGAGUUCCUUGCCGGUAACUGUAGCUACACCAGUGAGUACGCCCAAUACAACAACAAAACGCAAACGAAAAUCCAAAGCUUCCAUGCAAAUGGAAGAUACCCCGGAAGCUAGUGCGGUUAGUACACCGGUGGCAGAUUCACAGCCGCAAUCCAAAAUAGCAGCAAUGGAGCNCGCAGCAGCAAUCGCAACAGCAGCAGCAACAACAUUCUGA